AUGAUUAGGCCAUAAUCUUCAAUGAGUAAACAUAUUCCUCAGUUUUGUGGUGUUCUCUGUCACACAUGUAUGAAAUUUCUGAGGGGCAGUGGAGAUUACUACCAGGCACGGCAUGACCUCUAUGCAGACAAAUGAACUGUAAGGAACGCCCCAUAAGAAUGGUUAUCCUGGACACAGAAGUGUUGAA